CUAUUUUUGUUAAGUUCCUUGAGCUAACUUCUCCUUUUUGUGUGUUUACAGGAUGGCCAUCAUGAUGAGAUUCGUGUACCUGUUGGCAGCCAUCACUGCCGGUACCUGGCAGCAGAGUACCGCUGUUAUGCCACCGGUACUGUAUCCCGCACCUGCUGCUACAAUAGCUCCCACUACUACUGCUACGCCAGCAGUAGCCUCCAACACAACAGCUGUGGCAGGUGUUGUUACAGCUCCACUCGUCUCCAUCUCUUUGCCUCCAGUUCUGGUCAAUAUGACCAGAGACUGGGGGUGUCCGUACGUCCGUGGUGUAGCGGAGGUAUCUUGUACGUGUGACGUACCACACACUGUUAGAUGUCGAGGGCAGGCAGAUCGCCCACAUGACUUGAUUUCCCUUAUCCACAACCUCGGUAUCAAAGGCUCUAUCUCCCUGCUGGAUCUAGCAGUACACGGACUUAGAGAGCUUCCUGGACGCGUAUUUACCAGUAUGGAACUUCUAGGUUUGGUCAUAACAACAGCAGACCUGCAGACUUUACCCCACGAUGCGUUCUCCGGCUUGGAGAACACACUGGCAGCUCUAGGUCUGCCGAAUAACAAAUUGGUAGAGGUACCUGCCAAUGCUCUAAGACCCCUAGUCGAACUCCAGCGACUAGACUUGAGUGAUAACCAAAUACGCGAACUGCCACCCAGGGCCUUUCCAGUCCUCCCACAGCUGCAGAAUCUCGAUCUCGCAGGUAAUAACUUGCAGGUUCUCCACUCGGAAGCCUUUCUCCAUCUGCCUAAUCUAGUUUCUCUCAAUCUAGCGAACAAUGAACUAGAUGCGGCGCAGAUUAACGAGAAAUCCCUUCGCGGGUUGCACGCUCUUCAGCGCCUCUCACUCAAGUCCAACCUCCUGAAGGGAGCUGUAACUUCGACGCUUAUUAAAGGAGCCAAGGGACUCACUUCUGUAGAUUUAUCAGGCAAUGCAUUAACUAUGUUAUCCAGGGGAUCCCUAGCUGCCUGCCCCAACAUACGCGAGUUAGAUCUAUCACGUAACAACAUAGAUGUCAUUGAAGAUCAUGCCUUUGCUAAUCUAAGUCAGCUGCAACACCUGAAAUUGUCGCACAACAGCGUGGUAGCUGUGUCAGGCUGGUCCCUGGCACACCUGCCACAGCUGACAUAUCUGGCCAUGGCUGACAAUGCUCUGAGAGCAGUCACAGCAGACUUAUUGCACCAGCUGUCGGCUCUGAAGUCCCUCGACCUGGCUGCCAACGAUAUUUCGCUUAUACAGCCUUACGUCUUCAACUCCACACCUGCGCUACAACACCUUAUACUUACUGAUAAUCCUCUACACUGUGACUGUACCCUGACCUGGUUGUGGCAGUGGCUGGUCCACCACCCAUCCCUGACCCAUGAAGAACAACUUAGCACUGUCUGUGCCACACCACCAGCACUGGAAAAUGCUCCUCUUAUUGAGUUGAGGCAAUCACAACUGGUGUGCUCCGAGGAGGAUGUUUCAAACCACGACUACUUCCACGACUAUCACGACUACUACCACGACGAGGCUACGGCCGAGGAGACACCAGACAUGAGGCGGUCUGAUGCAGAGAUCAGCCUACAGGUUGCACACUGGGUGCGUAAGGAUGACUCAGAGCAGAAUAAUGGCCAGGCGUUGGACAAGGAAUCACACCUAGCGGUGGAGCUCGUGUGGAGGGUCGAAGAUAAAGCAAUACCGUAUUCCUGCGAGGCUGUGUUUGUGUAUGAAGUGGUACAGGGAACACCAGACUCACACCAGGUUCUAGCAGAGAAAGUAGCAGCUAACUGUUCAUCAGAUGAUAUACACGAUCCACAUCAGGUAGUAGUGACAGUGCCUGGGGAAGUGCUGGUUCCAGGUGCAACAUAUCGAUACUGUCUCAUGUUGCUGGAACGUGGUACUGGUGACCAGGAAGCUUUCUUGCCAGGGUGCUCUGAGCCUCUCUUACUGACUGCUGCUCCUUUCACCUUACCCAAACAAAGGGGAAGCAGCCCAGUGCUACGUGUGACUAGCCUCACUGCUGGAGGAGUAGGUGGAGCACUGGUGGUACACACACGUGUGGAUGGCAGUGAUGGACCAUGCACUUACACUCUUGCUAUCGUUGCAGGGCACAGAAUUGCUGCAACACGGCAACUUAAUUGUUCGGAAGCACGGCAUGAGUUCCCAUCGCUGGCUGAAGGUCAGUAUGUCGCCUGUGCUGAUCCUGAUGUUUCAGGCAUUACCCAUGACUUCAGCCAUCUUGAACACCAUCUGAAGGCCGCGGAGAAUGUCACCACGGCUCUCCACCAGGACUUCUCCAUCUGUACACCCGUAAUCACCUUCACACCUUACAGAGACCAAGGAAUAGGCACAGGGCCAUUAUUAACCCUCUUGUUUACACUGCCGGGCCUUGCAUUGGUUGUCACGCUCUAUGUGAUAGCGAGGAGAGUGUGGCGGGGAGGUGGAGUACCCUGGCGCUGGGACCCAAGAACACAAAAGAACGGAAAAUACUUUCUUUACACUGGCGAGGUUCCUACACCGUCCCUAAGUCUGGAUCCCCUACCGGCAGAUAACCCAGAAACCACCACUCCGGUUUAGCACUUCCGACGCUCCCGUAUACAAUAAGUCCUCAACUCACAAACACAUUGAGAAUCUAAUGUAUCAUGUAUAAUACCAUUAUUAUAUCAUUAUUAUGCACGACACAUAAGGUUCCCAACAUGUUCGUAAGUCGAGGAAUUACUGUAUUUUUAACACUAAAGUAGGCGUGCCUACAACCUACACAAGUCAUUUCUAGUCCACAAAUAGUCAGGCAAGUACUUCAGAGUACCUGGAAGCACCCAAGUGCUCCAGGAAUAUAUAUAUAUAUGAUCAUGGUCUUGACAGGGCAGCAGUCACAGUGUCGUACACUGUCAAGAACAGAUCUGGUGUUCACAUACGAAUUUUUUAUAUUGUAUUAAUAAGUAUAUUUCUUAUUAAGUCUUUUUUGAGAAAUAUUUGUAAUUUAGUAUUGUGCCCAAUAUACUAAUUGUUUAUAACCAAUAAAUUGCUUUAACGACUAGUGAUAACUAGUGAAUAAGUCGGCAUACUUUAAGAGGUAAUAACUAAAUGGUUAUAACUGACCAUAGUUUUUAAAGGGGUGGACCGGUAAGCCAGUGGAAGACCUUGGUCAAAUGACCAAAAGCUCCAACGGCGGGUCAUCGUCUGACUAAGACCCAUAUCAGGAAACACUUGUCUGGUUUCCUGAUGAACCUUACCUAACCUUAACAGGCGUGUGAGUUUCCCUGUCACCUAAUAUCGUGUUUGUUUCCCCUAUAAUCUACCUUGUCCAUAAUUACUGCCGCAUUUGCAUUGUCUGUUUCGUAAAGUGAAGUCCAGGAUCUUUCCUUAAUUCAUGGUAUAACUUAACAAAUCUUUGAGAACAGUAGUGUUGUAGACGUCUGAGUACAACUCAGACGUCUACAACACAAUUUGUUAAGUUAUACCAUGAAUUAAGGAAAGAUCCUGGACUUCACUUUACGAAACAGACAAUGCAAAUGCGGCAGUAAUUAUGGACAAGGUAGAUUAUAGGGGAAAUAUAAACACGACAUUAGAAAACGGGAAUUGAUGCGCCUCUUAAAGUUGACGCGGUGAUUGUUCACAUGACUGAAAUUGUUACCCCGGAUGGUAGACAAAAUGCAUUUCGACCACAGGAAAAGGGUUACAAUAGAGCCUAGAACAAUGAAAAAUUUAAAAAUAACUAAUUUUCAAGGCUUUGUCGUAAAUUUCACAUUCUGUCAUGUUAUACACAGCAGCAUCUCUUGUAUAUUGGGAAUUUUUAAUAUACAGCCACAAAUUACGAAUUUUGUACUUGUACAGUUAUCUGGUGUUUACUGUGGCCCAAAAGUAACUCUUAAUUUUGCUUAAUAAUGACCCUAAAGCACAUAAAUAGUGAUGGUGGUAAUUCUUCAGAGCCUAAGAGAAGCUGUGAAGAGCUUCUCAUCAGCGAAAAGUGAUAAUUUUCAACUUGAAGUGCGUAAUUUAUCAAUUAAACUCUCAUAGGUACGUAUGUACAGGAAACAUAACUUAUAACACACAGGAUUUAUCUAUGCUAAAGCAGCGCUGUUUAGCCCUUGUGGCUCAGCGCUUCAUUUUUUUUUAUAAUAAUAAUAAUAUCCAUGCUAAAUCUCGGAACAUAUCACCUGCAGAUACGCGGGGAGACUACUGUACAGGUCAGCCAUUGCUAAUCCGGCAAGCAAGAGUUCAUUAUAUCUUAUAAAACUGCACUGCUGUAGACCUUUCAGCAGUUAUGGGGAGUGCUAAACCCAUAGGAAUUAUACAGUGCCUGUGGGUGGGAUUGGGAGGUAUUCAGGUUUGAUUCGGGGAGCUGGAGCACAGAUUCAAUUCCCUAGAUCAAGAGCCCCUCACCAGCCUCAAGGAACCUCCCUCGAGGGGAUCUAUCAGUAGAGACGGCAGUCAAAAUUAGUGCCGGAUUAGCAACGGAACCAGAUUAGCAACGGAACUGGAUUAGCAACAGAACCGGAUUAGUGACGGCUGACCUGUAUGUGUAAAUACUGGACUAGAAGCAUUGCCUUUAGUUAUAACUGUGUGUGUGUUGCCGCUGUUAAGUGUGUCCGAGGACUCUCUCUCCUUACGUAUGAUCUCACGCUUGUAUAUGUCAGAAUACAACCACAAACAAGUGACAUCUGAACAAUAACAACGCUGCGGCUAACCAGGGGUCGAACCCGUGUUGUUUUGGCCCACUUCGUGGCGGACUAAAACAACACGGGUUCAACCCCCGGCCAGCCACAGUGUGUUUGUGUACAUUUACACAACACUUUCUUACACAAAGUAAUUUUACAUUUGUAUUAUCAUAAUGAAGCACUAAACCCUUAUGGGUCACACUACACAUUUGUUGUUAAGUGACUGACACUGUAUGUUCAGAAACACUUGGACUUAGAGUAAACUCUUGAUAUAAUGAACUAAUAGAGGGGAGCAUACAGUCAACUCUUGUAUAACGCUCCUCUCUAUGGUCAACGCUGCGUAACUCUUGUGGGUUUAACUCUUCUUUUUAUUAUAAUAAUAAUCCUCUAUAUUUUUUUGUAAAUGUGAUUAAUAAAAUACACAGAGAAACCUCCACAGUACGUGCUGGUUAAUUUUGGACGUGCUUAUUCAGUCACAUUAACAAAAUGACACUGUAUAUAGGGUCUUUAUAAUAGACUGUACCUAAUAUUGUACCAUAUACACAGUUUGUUAAAUUUGUUAAGUUAAAAGUACAACUUAACUAGUAGAAUUUGUUACAGAUGUCCGUUAUACUGAGGUCCAUUAUAUUAAAGUCUGUUAUAUGGAGGUCCAUUAUAGUGAGGGUGUGUGUAACUGGUUUAGGCCUGUUUUUUUUUUUUUUUUUUUACAAAUUAUAUAUAUUGUUUUACAUGUUAAUGAUCACCGUGUUAAUGCUAGUUGAAAACUGUUGCCAUUUGUUGCAGAUGCAAUAUCUUGAACACCUUCACAAUGUCCUAAAGGAACACCUUCACAUUGUCCUAAAGGAACACCUUUACAAUGUCCUAAAGGAACACCUUUACAAUGUCCUAAAGGAACACCUUUACAAUGUCCUAAAGGAACACCUUCAC